ACUAACCUGUAAAAGAAGGAGAAGAAGAAGAAAAAAAAAAGAAUAAAAGAAAAUAAAUACCAAAGAAAUAAAAUAUACAAAGGAAAGAACAAAAAUUUCUAAUAUUUGGAAAGAACAAAAUCAAAGGGAGAAAGAAGAAAAGACCAAGAAAAAGAACAAGAACAAGAACCAGAGAAGAAAAGUGACCAGUUAAACAAUUAAAUUGUGGUUAUCUAAAUUAAAUUAUCUUGGCAAGGAUUAAUAUCUAAAUCAAUCAAUCAAUCAAAAAUGAUCGUCAUCAUAAUUGUUACCGUUGUCACUACCUUCCGAAUGUGUAAUUCCCAACAAUGUGAUUGUGGUUAUAGUGAAACUCUGGUCGGAUCCCGAAUCUAUGGUGGAUCGGCCGUUAGCUCAUACGAAUACCCUUGGAUGGCCCAUCUAAGAUUCUUUGAGAAAGUAGGAGGAGAUCGCUUUGGUCUUUGUGGUGGUUUUCUAGUUGACUCGAAACAUGUAGUGACCGCCGCUCAUUGUAUUCACGACGGCAAUCAGAAACUACGAUCUAUUGAAGCGACAGAGGUUUAUCUUGGUGUACGUGAUUUGACCCAAUUAAAUAAAGCCCAUAAAGUGGCAAAGUUUUUUUAUCCAACAACAUAUAAGAGACGUAAUUUACUUAAUGAUAUCGCAGUACUAGAAUUAACUGAUCACAUUAAUUUCACUCGAACCGUUAGUCCAAUUUGUUUACCCAAAAGCGACGAUGAACCAUAUCACUUAUUAAAAGUAGCAGGAUUUGGUCGGCUUGGUGCAAAUUCAAAUCCAUCCAAGGUUUUGAUGCACGUUCAAGUUGAACAUAUUAAAGAUGGAAAAUGUAAUCAAAUGAUUAAAGAUUAUUUCAUGAGGACCAAUCCACAAAUCGCUCAAUCGCCCAAAGAUUAUGAUGUACCCAAAGUCCAUGAAACUCAUAUGUGCUGUGUAGAUACCAAAACGGGCGGUGAUGCUUGUAGGGGAGAUUCGGGUGGCGCUUUAAUGUACAAAAGUGGUGGACGCUAUUUCGCCGUGGGUUUGGUUUCCGGUGCUUUCGAUGAGUGUGACGAUCCAAGGACUCCAGGUUUCUAUACAGUAGUACGUAAAUUCCGAACGUUAAUUAGUAAGGUAGCAACUAAAGCACAAUUCUGUGAAUAUUAGGUUAGUCAAUUUAGGUUUUAGAAAUUUUUUUAUCUGUAGUUAGUAUAAAUAUUUUUAAAUUAUUAAUUGUAUUUAAAUUAUUUAUUUGUAACUUAUUUUCCAACUGUAAACAAAUGAAACCCUUGUGAUAUUAUUGUUAGUGAGUUUUAAAAAGCAGAAA